CAUUACAUCAGUGUGACAGACGGCGCGAUGGGAGGUGGACGCACGGUCUUCCUCCUGCUGUUUUCUCUUCAGUUGUCGUCGUCUUUCCUCUUUAGUGCUGGUUCUUUGUACAACAGCACAGAUGAACUGGUCAUACUAGAUCACAACAACUUCCACUCCACGAUCCUGGGCACGGAAAACGCGUGGGUAAUCGAGUUCUACAAUUCGUGGUGUGGACACUGCAUUAACUUCGCUCCAACAUGGAAAUUAUUUGCCAAGGAUGUGUGGGACUGGCAGCACACCAUAAAAGUUGGUGUUAUUGACUGCUCAGUAGAUGACUCGAUCCCAAUAUGCCGUGAAUAUGAGAUCAUGAGCUAUCCAAGUAUACAGCUCUUUGCAGCACGAACAAGCAAGGGAGAUAUUGGCAAGGCUUUAAAUUCCAGGACAGUGGAAGAAAUGGGCAAGUCAUUGGUAGAUUUCCUAGUCGAGAAGCAGAGAGCCAAGAAUGGGUCAGAGUCGUGGGUGAAUCUUCAGCCAUACCAUGGCUCAUUAUCUGACAUAUGGAAAGGAGUACCUAGUUCUGUAGAGCAUCUAGUUGUCAUUGUGGAUCAUGCAGGUUCUUACACAGGAAAACUUGUCGCAUUGGAUCUGGGCGGAUACUCAAAGAUAGCUGUUCGUGUCAUGGAGGGAGGUGGAGGUGGAGGCGAAGUGAAGGAACUCCGCUCAGCAUCCAACCCCACAGUCAUCUUUAUGGACAGAAAUGGCCGGAAGGAGGUGGUUGACAAUGCUGCUGAAACAAGGAAAGACUUAACAAAGCUUAUUAUGAAGAAAUACAAUCUCUUCAGGAGUAUGUUGCCCUUCAAUAAAGCAGGAUCCCUAAAAGAUGAAGGGUCAAAGAAGAAUGAGGUAGAAGGAGCUGGUGACGGAAGGCCAGAGGAGAUACAUAGCGAUAAGUUGAAUUAUGAAGAUGACCUUCCUGACACUGCAUAUACUGGGAGUGAAAGAAGAGAUCAAGUUUACAUGGUUGACAUAGAAAAUGCGGUCUCUUAUGCCCUUCAUCAUGAAGUUGUACAGCAUAAGAUUAUAUCAGGGGAGGCUCUUAAAGCCUUGCAGGAUUUCCUAGAUGUUCUUGUGCUCUACCUGCCUGCAAGACCAGCUGUGCAUGAAUUCCUAUCACGGCUCCACAAAUACACCACAACUCAAGGAGACAGAAUUCUUGGAGAGAAGUUAGCCGAGAACAUUAAGUCGCUUCAAGACCAGGAAUCGGUACUUCCAGACCAGCAGCAGUGGAUUGGAUGCAAAGGAAGUGAACCAAAAUUCAGAGGUUACCCUUGUGGUCUGUGGACAACAUUUCAUACAAUAACUGUGAAUGCAGUUCUGCAGGAUGGCAAUAAUGUGAACUUCAGUCCUAAGAAAACUCUACAGGCAAUUCAUGGUUAUGUAAAACAUUUCUUUAGCUGCUCAUAUUGUUCAAAGCAUUUUCAAGAAAUGUAUGCACUGGAUGCCGAAUCAUCUGUCAAUGUGGCAGAUGAUGGGAUAAUUUGGCUGUGGCGAGGGCACAAUAAAGUGAACAAAAGGCUACGUGGGGAUGCAAGUGAAGAUCCCCACCACAAAAAAGAGCCUUUCCCUUCCCGAGUGGCUUGCCCAGCCUGUUGGGACAAUAAUCAAUUGAAAGAAAAGGAUGUCUUGGCUUACCUCAAAGGUAUAUAUUCCAAACGUGCUCUUUCGUUCAAAGGAACACAAACCAUAGUGGCCCCUGUAUUGAACAGGCAAGCAAAAAUUAAAAAGGUGUUAGACAGUCACAGAGCUGAGAAAGAGAGAAAGGAAGGGCUGACUGUCAACAAGAAACACUAUAACAUCGAAGAGGAGCAACCUCUCCGUCCACUUCACACUUGGGGAUUCAAUAGCACUGACGUAAGUCUUUGCGUCUUUUUAUACGGCAUCUCCACCAUCAUCAUAAUGUCUGUUUACUGCAUGGUAGUCAUCAGAAGAAAACUAAGACGAAGAAAAUUCUUUGAAACUUAUAAGCAGCCCAGUGAGGGGCUGAAGAAGUACCUGAGUGGAGCACAUGAGGAUAUAAUUGCAAGGGUCCACAGUCACCUUAAGCAAAAAGAGGCAGCAUGCUGAGAAAUGUAUUAGAAUUGGUAAUGGAUGGAAGGAAAGAUCUGCCUCUGAGAAACCAAAGUUCUGCCCAAAGUACUGAAAAUUAGUAAAUUCUUAUUUAAUUCCUAUAUGUGUGUACUGGUCAUAGGUGGUGGUCGGUGUAUAUAGUAUUCAUAGUUAAUUAUUAUUAUUUAAUUUUUUAUUAUUUUUUUUUUUUUGCCCCCUCAUUAAAGCAAAUUAUAUAAAUCAAUGCAAAUCCAACAUGCUUGCUUCUUUUUGUUUCUUUUGUUUUUUCUUUUAUUUCUUUCAAGCAAUUGUAUAUUUAUGACACAUUUGUCCAUUGAUCUUUGUGCUGUCCAAUAACUCUGCUCUUCCUGGCAUGUGGUUGCUUUUGUUGACAUGCUUUUGCUAACAGGUUUUCCGAUGCUUUCUUACGAGCAACACCAUUUUUUAUCAAUUUGCUUGUCUUCUCAUGAAUGAAUGUUUUCUUUCUUAUUUGUCUGUCCUUUGAUCUCUGUUUAUCUGCCUUUCAUAUGCACAGGACAAAGACAUGAAAUAUAUGUGAUAAUUUAUAAUAAUUGAAUUAGGUGUAUUUUUAUAGAUUGUUCCAAGUGCACAGAUGUUAAAAAUCCUUGUUGUUGUAUAGGUAUCAGUAAUUAUAGCAGUGAUAUAUCCAGGGAACAUACAAGAAAAAUUAUGCUUCGUUAUUAGUACCUGAUGCAUAACAUGGAUUAUUGUGGAAAUGUUGAUAUUGUAAUUUAGAUUAUCUAUUAUUACAGCAUGAUUUUGUGGAAGCAUUUUAGAUGUGUAUAAAAUACAUACAAAGGAAAAGACUUACAGAAAAAAAAAUUAUUUCUCAAAAUCAUAUCAAUUAGUAUUUUUGUAUUAUUUUACGGUUAGGCAUAGGUAAGCCAAAAACUAUGAUAUAUGAUGGAGAAAGAGGUAUUAAAUAUUAGCAUAACAUAGAUUAAUAGCCUUUUCUUUUUUUUUCUAUUUUAAUUAAUAUUAAGUGUCUUGGAUAAUGAAUGCUGAAAGGUAGUUCUAAAAAUUUUAUGCCGGUUUUUACAAUUUGAAAAAUGGCUGGUAACAACAUUAAUAAGGGCUGCUAAUUGUGUUCUGUGUUGUUUUCAGUCAUUACAGAUAAAUAUUUGUUGUGGUCGUUUGAGUCUGCACCAUGAGCAGUUGUAUGAAUUUAAUGCUGAUUUUUAAAAACUAUUGAUGAUAAGCUUCAUCAUAGUGCGUCAUUUUAAAUAAGUUUUAUCCUUAUCCUGAAGUAAAUAAAAUAUUUUUUCAUAAAUACUUUAAAACUUACCAAGAUAAAUGUUCAAUUUUUUUUCUUCUUCUUCUUCUUCAGUGUUGUGAGCUUCCUGCAUAAGUCUGAUACUUUUGCAAGCUUAUAAAUCCUAUUUGUUUUAUUAUAAUCUUUGAUAUGUGUUCAUGAUUCAUUUAAUUAUUGUUGUAGUCAAUGCAGCUGCAUUUUUAUUAUUGUCAAUUUUAUUGAUAUUAAUAUUAUUAAUAUUAUUUUUAUUAAUAUUAAUAUUGAUAUUAUUAACAUGAUUAUUGAUAUUUGUAUUGUUAAAAUUCUAUUAUUAUUAUUAUUAUUAUUAUUAUUAUUAUUAUUAUUAUUAUAUAUUACUAUUAUCAUCAUCAUCAUCAUUAUUACUACUAUUACUAUAACUAUUAUUAUUGUUGUUAUUGUAAUUAUUAUUAUAUUUUUUUAUUAUUAUCAUUAUUAUUGUAAUUAUUAUUAUUAUUAUUUUUUUUUUUAUUUUUAUUUUUUUUAUUAUUAUUAUUAUUAUUAUUACCAUUAUCAUUAUUACUACCAUUACUAUUACUGUUACUAUCACUAUUGAGGUUAUUAUUACUGCUAUUACUCUUGCUAUUAUUAUAAUUAUUAUAUUCAUCAGUUAUAUAUAUAUAUUAGCUAUGUUAUUGUAUUGUAUUUGUUAUUGUUAUCAUUAUUUUAUACAUUCCAAAAAUCCAUUAAAUGCCUUUUCAAUACUAGUUGUAUUUAACCUCUUAGAAGUAGAUAAUAUGAAGUUCUCACUGAAAUAACAGACUUCUCUCUGUUAUAAAAAAAAUCUUCCAUUAUAUUACCUUAUGAAGUUUUGAUUGAGUUGACUUUGCAUAUUAAGAAUGAUUAUUAGUUUUCAAAAACUUGCUUCUGUUUAACAAUAGUUCCAAAAACAAUUUAAAAUUAUGUUGAAAGUGUUCCUAAGAAGAAAGCAGUACUUUUACAGAUAAAUACUGUUUAUUGUUUUUAAUUUCAGAAUUGUGUGUUAACCCAAUGCCACUGGGGGGGGGGGGGGGAAGGGGAAAUGCUGUGCUCAUUUUCUAUAUUUUUUGUGAAAUGUAUCUGCACAUAGAUGGCUCUGCUAGUGCUUAGCCACAAAGGAGUCAAUUAGUAGACCUUGUGACCUUACCUGAUUUGAAUUGGCAGGAAAAUCGUAUUUUUCACUAAUGAAUAUCGAUGGUUAUAUUUUUAUUAUAAAAAUCAUAAUUACUAUAAUGUUAAAAACAUUAGUAACAGCAAAAUAAGGUAACGUAAAAUAUUUUCAUAAAUCAAAGAAAAGGGUAAACGGACGAGACAAACAGUACUCGUAACUAGCUCAUGGGUGACUGAGUACAAGUGUAGCCAUCUAUGUGUAAAAACAAUCAAACAAGUAACUCACAGUGGGCAUAGCACAUACAUACACUGUCAUCCCCGUCGGCAUUGGGUUAAGGAUAAAUUUGCUUUACAAUAUUUACUUGAUCACUUGAUUAGGAAUGUGACCUUUUUUUCUGUGUAUCUAAAGGGGAGGGGGUAAUGUACAAGAAACAACUUGACACUUUUUGCAACUUUUUGCAGUGUUAAAUUUCAUUUCUUACAUAUUUACAUUUUAAAGCAGGUGGAAGAACUGUGUUCUGAAAAUAUUUUAAAAUGUUAUUAGAUUGUUAUUAUUGUCCUUAACUAAUAUCUAAUAGGGACUUGAAAUAUAAAGGAGAAAUAAAAACCGUUUGAUAUAUAUGAGGCCAACGUAGUUAAAAUAAAAAAUAAAAAAUCUGCCAUUGCUUUCCAGCUAUAUAAUGGAAAAUAGUAAACGCUAAAGGAAAUUCAAUGCAAAAUAAAGAUUUCUUGAAGUGAUUGAUAAUUUGUUCAUCAACUGCAUGAACUAUUCUUUAUUUGAAUAAUGAGGCAGUAUCUGCAGUGUUUUAUUUAUAUUUUUAUUCAGAUUAAAAUGAACUUGGAAAAAUAUAUAUAUAUUAAUAAAAAUUACAAUGAUU